AUGGCUGAUCCGUCCAGCUCCGCGCGACCCCAUGGGGAUCCCCAACCCUCCACGCCGGCGUCGGCGGUCCAGCCGGUUGUGAUCUCGCGGGGAAUCUGUGGACGACUCUCUCACUGGCUGUGGCCUGGCUGGUGGGGCAAUUCGUGCGACGCGCCCUCGCAGCCCAGUCCACGCUCGACCCGCCAGCCCUACGACUGCAAGGCCUGUCGUGAGUGGCACGUCGAGUGCGAUCACGCCCGACCGCAGUGCGCCCACUGCUACCAGCAACAACUCCUCUGCUUUUACGUCGACCCGGCGGUAAAGCGCAAACCCAAACCCAAGCAGAACACGACGGUGCCGACGCUGCGACCAGUGGUGCCGUCCGAGCGGGGAGCAGCCAGACCGCGACAUCCAAGGACUCAGAAUUGGCCUGACAUCACUGUCGCUAAAACCCGACACGACGUUUGA